GCGAUCAUCAUACUGUUCUGCAGGACAUCAUCUCCCCCAAACCAGUCACUCUUUUAACCUUGGUUCCUGCUCCACUCCUUUUGGUCUCUUUCUAAAAUGCACGCAGCACGUAUUCAUCUUGUCCUACUCGGCCUUCUCCCAAGCCUGGGCCUGAACCUUGUUUCGGCCAGCAGUUUGAGAUCCGUCAUCGCCCGCGAUGUCACUUGUUACUUUGACAUCCAGGCAGAGGCCGGUGAGACCUGCGAUAACAUGUCCGCCUCCUGGGGCAUUUCGGUCCAGGAGUUCACCAAGCUCAACCCAGGCGUGACCUGUCCCAACCUUCAGGCCGGUAAGUCGUACUGCGUCGUCGGCGAGUACACGGACGACGGCGGCCAGACUACUCCCCCUCCUUCGCCUACGCCUAUACCUACGAUCACGUCCACCAAACCAACAACGCCUCCUACCACUCCACCCACCACCAUGCGGACUUCUACCAUCUCCAGCACGGCCCCCAACCCCAGUAACUCCCCCGCCAUGCCUGGUAUCGUAGAAAACUGUGACCGUUUCUACAUGAUCCAGUCCGGCGACGGUUGUGAUUCCAUCGCCCAGAAGAACGACAUCACCCCUGCUCAGUUCAAGUCCUGGAACACCGAGAUCAACGCCUCCUGCUCCAACCUUUGGCUUGAUUACUAUGUCUGUGUCCACGUUCCGGGCGCUACUACCCCGCCUACCACCACCACCACCGGUCCCUCUCCCAGCAACUCUCCCCUCAUGCCUGGUGUCGUAGGAAACUGUAAUCGCUUCUACAAGAUUCAGUCUGGUGAUGGUUGCGAUUCUAUUGCCCAGAAGAACGGCAUCACCCCUGCCCAGCUGAAGUCCUGGAACACCGAGAUCGACGCUUCCUGCUCCAACCUCUGGCUUGACUACUACAUCUGCACUGGUGUCCCUGGAGCCGCGACCACCACCACCUCUCCACCCUCGCCCAGCAAUUCCCCUGCCCUGCCCGGCAUCGUGUCUGACUGCAACAAGUGGCACAAGAUCAAAUCAGGCGAUACCUGUGACAAUAUUGCCGCCAAGAACACCAUCACUGUCGCUCAAUUCCGUAGCUUCAACACCCAGAUUAACUCCAGCUGCAACAACCUCUGGAUCGACUACUUUGCUUGCGUUGGAACCCCCACCGCCGCCACGCCCAUGCCUGGCAUAGCCUCUGGCUGCACCCGCUACUACCAGAUUAUCUCCGGCGACUCGUGUGAUGCGAUCGCCUCCAAGGCCGGCAUCACCGUCGCCAACUUCCGCAAGUGGAACACGUCUAUCAACGCUGGCUGCACAAACCUGUGGCUCGACGCUCUGGUCUGCACCGAGGCGUAGUCGGAGCCCUCUCUUCUAGUUGUAAAGAAAAAACAGGAAGGUAAAUCUGUAAUGUUAAAUUAGUAAUUUGGGAGUGAGAAUCAUUUAUCAGAUCUAUUAAGUUAGCUGUUACAGGCUCUGCAUCACUCAUAGUUCUGACGGCCG